UUGUCUCCCAAACUGAUUACAAAUGAAAAAAUGUCAAAUCUGUCUGCAAAAUCCAAGUGAAAUACACGUAUAGGUUACAUCUUGCAUGUCUUAAUGCUAAACGAGACAUUUCUUUUCUAACGCAACCCAAACGGGAAAAUGUGCGAGGUCUGAUCAUACACUCCACUCACUUUAGUAAAGUUGAUAACAUUACAUUGUUGUUUUCAUUUAACAAUUAUGCAAAUCAGGGAGACAACUGGAUAGUUCCUUUCACAGACGCGAUUUGUUUCCCAAAGGUCACCAAAAAGAGCCGGUCAAAAAUAGCCGUUCGUUCGUUGGUCUGUUUGCGGAUCAUUACUAGUCCACGUUGUAUGCACAAUUGCUUUUCUCUGUUGAGUACUUUCAAAUCGAGUAAUUGUUCAGAAAAGUAUAUGUGAGCGAAUAUGUGGUCAGUUCAAGGUCAGUCGUGAGCUCUUCAAAUCAUUGACGAUGGAAAUUGAUGUUUCCAGUAUACACAAAGGAAAUGAUUAUAAUGCCACAAAGACAGAUCUGUGUUUGUUGCUGGAGUGUCUGAAGUACCAGAUGAAAUGUCCCGAUUCACAGAAACAAGCACUUCUCACCAUCUACUCUAUAUGUCAACAGAGAGAGGAGAAUGUGGACUCUUUUAGAGAGAUGGGAGGGGUGGUGUUUGUGUAUAACCUGUCCAAAUCCAGUUGUCACUCAGAAGUCAGGGAGACUGCUCUCUUCACGCUAGGAAUGCUGGCAGAGGUCAAUGUGUACUGUAAACAGGCCCUGUGUCGGAGGGAGACGUUCAGGGACCUGGCAGAGUGUCUUGUGCAGCAGGGUAGCCCGCUGACCCAGAGGAGAGUCGCUGUCUAUUUGCUCUCUGUCCUGGUUGCCAACAACAGGUCCGGCCAGGCGUUUGCUCAGACAUCAGGCUGUCUGGACAUUUUGCUGGAUUUGUUCAGGACUAGUUUCCCUCUCUCUGACGAGGCCGCCGUGAAAACUGCUAACGUCACACAGCUGUUCCAGGUCUGGAGCUCUGUGUCCAGUGCUCUGUGUGGCUGCGUUAACAACCCCCAGAAUGAGGAGAGCCAGCGUAUCUGUGCGUCGGCCUUCCCCUUCGUCAAAGCCUGGCUGCAGCAGCUUUCUCACCCCCGCGCAGAGAUGGUUCAGCCCAUCUGCUCCUUCAUAGCCAUGACCGUCGCCAACAACUAUUGUGUUCAGGAGAGUUUUUCCGCAGUCGGUGGGCUCAAAACUCUGACCUGUACUCUGAUUCGCUUAGCCUCAGAUGUCACCCAUAGCCCACCGGCCUGUCAGCUGUCCGUCACCCUGACCAAGACUCUGUCAGCCUGCAUCAGUGACAACCCCAUGUUGGCAUCAAGCCUGGCAGGCUAUGGUUUGGUUCCUCACCUCCACUCCUUGCUGUCCAGCCCCCUCCUGGAUCCCCGAGACAGGCUGGUUGUCAUCCUGGCCCUGGGACACUGCACCGAGGCGUCCGAGGAGCACCAGUCCCAGUUGUUAGAGUGUGGCGGUCUGUCUGUCAUCAUCACCCUCCUGACCCAGUCUGGCAGCCCGGAGCUCAGUAAGGCUGCGGCCUUCGUCCUGCACAGCUGCCGGCAGGCUGCGGGCUGUCUGCGUGGAGCGGCCCACGUGGAGUCUCCGGGUCAGGGUGGGGACGUGGAGGGCUACCGGCAGUCAGCCAGAGACAUGCUGCGCAGGAUCAAGCAGCUGGAGAGACACCAGGCUCAGGGAGCCGUGGAGGACACCCUUAAUGCCCCAGGGCAGCCGCUCCAGUCACCCCUACCUCCCUCCCCGUCCUCACUCCUUCCCCCUUGCCCCUUCUCAGCACCCUGCUGGGACAGGAGAGGUGUGGCAGACCGGAGAUGGACGGGAGAGCGAGACCAUGAGAGAGGAGAGGAGGGAGGCGAAGGGGUGGGGAUUUCCUGUGAACGCACCCCGCUCCGGGAGGUUCCAGGGGGACAGGAGCGGGUGAUGUACGGAGACCCAGAGAGCCCCGCUCUGACACAAUUAACACGGAGGGUUAGAGGUUGUGAGAGAGGACAGAGGAACCAGGUGGAGGACCAAGAGGAGGACCUUUCCACGUAUAAAGAACCGGACCUGAGGGAGCGAGUAAGGAGACGGAUAUUCCAAGCCGGUGAGGAGGCUCAGAAACCCAGCCCCAGCAGGAUGGGGAGAGGGGAGGAGAGGAGAAACCCCAGAGAGGAGAGCCACAGGGCUGGGUACAGAAACAUACGAGCCGACCCGGAAACAGACGGGGACUGGGUAGCUAAGAGGGGAAACGCCCUCCGAGGAAACGCUAAAACCACAGCGGAGGGCACGCAUGCACACGCACAGACGGAAAGCUGUGCAGACCCGCCCCCUGGGAUGGGAGAGCAGGCCCACACGCUGUCCGGGCGUUGCCAGGGGAAACGGCCGGCCCUGUCAACGAUGGAGGGUGCCCUGAUUCAGCCCGGCGGUGACAGCCAAGUGUUCAAGUGUCCAGCCCCUAUUUCCGUCCAGCCAGGCAUGAGCAGGCCGAAGACACUGUUGGAUGAUGAGGAUGCCUUGUUCGUGUGUUCAGAGCUGCUUGACAGUGAGAUCAGUACGAUCUUGGAGACCUCAGCCACCACACGUAACCCAACCUCCAGGUGCUCAGGCUGUGUGUUGCGCUUUGGGGAGGUGACCAGCUGGUGGUUCCCUGUCCUCCAGAGGUCCUGUCCCCACAGCUGUGACCUGCACCGGGUGCUCCAGCAGGUCACACACGCACACACACAGCGCCUCCGCGACCACAGGAGGAGAGACGCGUGCGCAGCAGAACAGAGAGACACCCGGCCACACACUCUCACCCUGGGGCUCAGGAAGGGAGAGACGCAGGGAGAAGGAAAGAGGCCUCGGUAUCAAUGCAGUGAUGUGAGUCUCACCCCUCUGAGGAAGUCUGGUCCGAAUGCAGGCAUCAGCCUGACUCCUCUGUGUGGUGGUGGUUUGUCACGUGUGACCAGCAGGGGGCAGGAGAGAGACAGUAGAACCCCUCACAGGGAAGAUGAUGUCACUGAUGAUCAGCAGAAGACCGUAUCCAUGGGAAACCCCUGUUCGACUCAAACUGAGCUGAGCAAUUCCAAAACCAAGGAAAGUGAGAUGACCAAUGAUGAGAGGAGAGAGAGGAGGAACUUCAGCUCUGAUGAGGAGAGUUAUCUGUGUCAUGGUGUACAGAGGUUUGGUCCAUCUUGGAAUGCUAUCCUAUGGGCAUAUCCCUUCAAGCCUGGACGCACCAAUGUAGAUCUGGCCAAGAAAUACAAACGCAUGCAGUUUAAAGCCUAGGGAAUGGAUUCAGUUUCUCCAUCAGAUCCUAGAAGAACAACCUGAUUCUCGCACAUGCAUUUAAUGUUCCGUAGUGUUUGGAAUAGGACGAAGUAAUUAAUGUAAUCAUUUACACUUGAUGUUUUCGUUUUGUUCACUGUUAUUGUAUGUAUCGAGACUGAGAUUGUUAGUCACUCUUCAACUUGUUUCAUUUGAAUUAAACACAAGGUUUUCUGUA